AUGGCCCUAUCUAAAACGCAUCCUCUCUUUCAAAAUGAUAAGCUUGCUCUGUCACCAGAAGCGGCUGAGUUGAUUGCAAACACAGUAGAGUUUAGAAUUAAGCAAAUUGUUCAAAUGGCACGCAAGUUCCUGAUUCACAGCUCAAGACCAGCUCAAACAUCUUUCUUGUUGCCAAUUGAUGUUAGAAACGCACUAAGAACCCUCAAGAUUGAGGAUUUGGACGGUUACAGCAAUUGUUAUGACUACCGUUACGUUUGCUCUACCAAGUUGUUUAAAGGAGAUAGAGUUAUAAAACGUGAAUCAUGCUACAGGAAUUCAUUGGGAGAUAAGUGUUGGGGUAGAUAUCGUCUUUCUGAUAUAAUUCAACAAGAUAUGCAAAAGGCUGUGCCUGCAGCUCCAGGUCUAACAGUUCACUGGAUGGUAGUGAACGGAAGAGUUCCCACAAUCUCAGGCUCAUUGGUUGAAUGUAUUACAGAUGAAUUUGAGGAAAGAGCCAAAAAGAUGGCUUUACAACAUAAGGUCCACAAAAUUAAUUUCCUGGACUAUUCUGAGACUUCUGAAAGUUUAGAUUCAUUGCAGACGCUUUUAAAGGAUCUUAAAAGUUCUAAAAGUGGUUUAAAAGAUUCCUUGUCUGACAAUGUGUUGGAAAAGGGGUUAGUAGAGGCGCUGUAUAAGCAAACUGUUGAGGAUAAGACAACUUCAAAGCAAAGCAAGGUCAUUCUUCCUAAAAUUGAUCAUUUGCUGACAAAAGAACAUCGAUUCUUUUUGAAAGAGAUCAGAAAUAUGGUUAGGAGAGCUUCAUAUUCCAUGGAACCAGAGGUUCAAAAUCAAUUUAAAAAGGUCGUAGGGAUUUUAAGGUCAUCAAUGGCCCUGGAUCAGUUGCUACCGGAGUUGUGUCAUUUUUUUGUGACUGAAAUGUCUAGGUAUAAAUCAAAUCCUUCCUCUAUUGCUGUGUCGGUUUUGUUGGAAUAUGUUGAAGCUAUAACCUCGAAUAAAAACAUCCAAAUUCACCACCAUAUACACCAACUGCUGACACCAUUGUUGGAACUUAUUUUAGGGCCAGAUGAAUCUAACCUUCCCUUUAUAUACAGAGGUUUAUUAAUUCGUAAGUGUGCUGCGCAAGCUCUUGGAAAUAUCGCCGCAAAUUUGAGGCAAUCGCAAAAUGGGCUCGAGAGCAUUGAUGAUUACUUGAUGUCCUUGUACAAGUGUGAAAUUUUAAACGAUAAGUGCUCUCUAUCUGUUCUUUAUGGAGCUCUCUGUGGAAUCGCAAAAUUACCUCUCUUGGCCAAGAGGAUUGUUUUCUAUCCCUUGGUUCCUUUACUAUUAUCAGUAGUUGUAAAGAAACAACGUGCAAUUUAUACACAUUCCUUUACUGAUCCAAAACAACAAAAAAUACGACAGUUUAAGAUUAUCGUAUGUCAUGAAGUUAUACACUUGAUGAUGGAAAUAAUAUACGAUGCUGGAUUCGAAGAUGUUUUAUCGACAUUGGAAGAUACCGGAGUACUACUCACAAUUUCCCAUCAGGCAAAAACAAUGGUAAACGAAACAUUACUAGGCUGUGUAAACGCUAGUAUAAAUCCAGAACUCUUUAUUCCGGUAUAUACUGCGAUGCUCUGCAAAUGCUUUUCAGUUUUGAAUAAACCGGAGAAGAUUUCUUCCCUCAAAAGAAAGUACGAAGAAAUUGCAGUUUCUGAGCAAGAAAAUAAACCAAAUGAGAUUUAUACGAUCAGUGUAAUUAAAAAUUAUGUCAAAAAUUAUGAACGAGAUAACAACAAUGCAACAGAGUUGUAUGCGUCAGAAUACCCAGUUAGCUGUAGUAAAAAAGGUACCUGGUAUAAUAAUCAGGCAGUUCACUUGCUUACUUUAAUGAUUUAA